AUGACCAUCCAGAGCGCAAACAAAGUAACAGCAUUUUUCCAAAACGGCGAGGCUGACCCUCUCAUGAACUCCCUGCCAUCGUCUCUCGAUUCACCCAUGACGUCCCAUCAACAAGUCCCGGUCCAGGGGCAGGUUCCCCCGGCCGCACCUCCAGCGGGGGGCAAUGCACAAGCACAAGCUCCCCCGGAGCCACGUGUGUCGAUCAAGGGGACCGUUCAACUCCAGGGAAGGGGUGAGGGUCGGAGGCAUCUGUUUCCUGGGGAAAUCGUGCAACCUGGAAGCAGCGGAGCCCCAGAUAACCUGUUUGUUUGUCGAAAGCGACCUAUAGACCACGAGAACGACACAAUGAGGCGACUAAAGACGGGCGAGCAGAUAGAGGAAGUUGAUGAACUUCUCGGUGAAUUCGCCAUCUCUGCAGAAUCCAAGGAAUGGUUGGAGCAGAUGUACGGACGGGUUGAAAAGCUACAUACAGAAUACAUGUCUCCCGACGAACUCCACAACAGCGAAUGGCACGACGAAGAAGCAUGGUGGGAGCAUAUCGCGGUUAUGCAUAACCUGCUCUCCAAGAUGGUCCGGUACUCUACCGACAGGGAUGCAUGGUUGGUAGGCGUCGAACUCGUCCACCUGUUGAAGAUUGCCACAUAUGGAAUGGAACAGGACGUAGCAGUUCUGGAACCCUUUAUAAACUUCUGCGACUCCAACGGGCUUUUGAUGAGAAACGAGUCCGAAAAGGAGUUUGGUGAGCAUUGCAAUCUCUUCAUGUCAAGGCCACCAUUCUACAAGUACGGGGACGAUGAUCCCCUAGUCAUCAUGGAAAUCGAAAGAGUAAAGGCACAGAUCAAGGGCAAGAGAUGGCUGGCCGCGCCGGUCAACUGGCAGACGGACACUUUGGCUUACCACUGGAGCAUGACCAUCUUUGACCGACUGACCGGGCAGUUAUACAUCUUUGAUUCCAUGCACAAAAGCUAUAAUAACAUCGCCCGGGUCAAGGCGACAGCACAUGGCUGGGCCCGGUUCUGGGACAGGAUGGGACUUCCCUACGACUUCCAGCUCUUCGUCCCCGUUGUGGCCCCCCAGUGUGAAGCCUGGGAGUGCGGCUAUCUGAGUGCAGUCUGGGCUUUUCUCACGCUCCGAUUCCCCCCCAAUCCCCCAGAGAUGACACCAAAUCGACUACUAGAAAUUAAUUUAAGCCCGGUGCCCUGGGUCGGCCACAUUAAUACAGCGCCAUCAAUGCUCAUCGCCGACUGGACGGGCUGGGAUCGGGAAGACGAGAAGAUCCCGAGCCCCAAGGGUUUGCUGAGGGACGCUUACAAUCUUCUAUUCGCAAUUGUUUGCAACGAGCUGGGCAUACCGGAGAGAUAUAAACAGGCCGACGUCACACGCCUGCUUUCUUGCCAACACACGGACCGGGCAUGGGUCCCUCGCGAUGAACAUCUGCCAUGUGAGGCUGAAGUUCAUCAGGGGGGGUUCGAAUUAGUUGUGAACACCUAUAAGGUCAAGAAUCGGAGGAUCCACGCGGUUCCAGAUGCCGUUCCAGAUGCCAACAAACCCAUCUUGCUUGGCCUAGAGGUACAGCGUCUGAUAUGUUCAGCUGCAGCUUCAAGUCUGAAUACGCAACGGCUUCACGAGCAGGAGCUUGGUAGUGGCGACAAGAACGCCAACGACGACGAGGACGAGGAUGACGAGGAUCCCACCACCGGCCGAGCCUCAAAAACCAAGGCUAAACCCAAGGCUCAGCCCAAAAGUCGGGCCAAAACCACCUCCAGCAAGAAAGCGGAAGCACCACCUCCAGCCCCAGCAGCCGUGAGGACAAGAUCCGGCCGCAAGGUCAAAGCACCAGAACGAUUUGAACCCGAACCUGAACCCGAGCCAGUCGCGCCCAAGCCCAAGGCGGCACCAAAGGCGUCGGAAGCAAAGCCUUCAAAGAAGAAGAACGCAGCAGCAAAGCCAGAGCCAAGCCGUGGUGGCGCGAAGCGCGCUGCCACGAAGGAGACGAAGCCCACCGGCGCCAAAUCCAAGAAGCGUGCUCUGGAUGAGACUGAGCCAAAGGCUGGUAAAAAUGCUUCCUCGGAGGUGCCCAAGUCGAAGAAGAGGAAAGUUGCUGAGUCUCCCGCCGCCAGCAAGCCGGCCAAGAAGCAAAAGAAGGACGCACGCGCCAAGCGCUGA